CCCGCCCCGCUCCCUCCGCCGCACCGGGCCGGGCCGCGGCGGCAUAAAGCGGCGGCGUUGGGGGCGGGCGGGCUCCCCGCUGCUGUGCCGCGCCAUGUCUGCGGCCCGGCGAAGGGUGUCGGUGGGGUUGGGGCUGGCCGGGGCGGUCUGCGCCCUCCUGGGGGUCUGCCUGCUGCUGGUGGGGCCCCUCAUCGUCAAGGAGCAAGUCGUCAAGAACGUCAGGAUCGACCCCAACAGCAUCUCCUUCGGCAUGUGGAAGGACAUUCCCGUUCCUUUCUAUAUGUCAGUGCACUUCUUUGAAGUGCUGAACCCCAAGGAGGUCCUCCAGGGAGCGAAGCCGGUGCUGACCCAGCGUGGACCCUACGUUUACAGAGAGUUCAGGUAUAAAACAAAUAUUACGUUCCAUGACAAUGACACAGUCUCCUUCCUGGAGUACCGGCAACUCUUCUUCCAGCCAGAUUUGUCCAACGGCAGUGAAGAUGAGUACAUCAUUGUGCCAAACAUUUUGAUGAUGGGAGCGGCUGUAAUGAUGGAAAACCUGCCAAGCUUUGUGAAGCUUUUACUGAGUGGAGCUCUGGCUGGCCUGAAACAGGAGGCGUUCGUGAACCGAACAGUGGGGGAGAUCAUGUGGGGGUAUGAAGACCCUCUUAUAGAUACAAUAAAUAUGAUUGUUCCUGGCCUGAUUCCUUUCAAGGGGAAAUUUGGCUUAUUUGUAGAGCUUAACAACUCCAAUUCAGGACUGUUCACAGUGAACACAGGCAUGAAGAACAUCAGUAGAGUUCACAUGGUGGAUUCAUGGAAUGGACUAAAGAAGGUGAACUACUGGCGGAGCAGCCAGUGCAACAUGAUCAAUGGGACCACGGGGGAGAUGUGGCCACCGUUCAUGUCCCCGACAUCGCUGGAGUUCUACAGCCCUGAUGCCUGCAGAUCCAUGACACUGGUGUACGAGCAGUCUGGGAAGUUCAAGGGUGUGCCCACCUAUCGCUUUGUGGCACCGAAAACUCUCUUUGCCAAUGGCACGGACUAUCCACCCAACGAAGGCUUCUGCCCCUGCAUGCAGUCCGGCAUCCAGAACGUCAGUACCUGUAGGCUAAAUGCACCGAUAUUCAUUUCCCAUCCCCACUUCUACAAUGCUGACCCAGCCCUGGUGAGUGCUGUCGAAGGCCUCCACCCCAGCAAGGACCAGCACGCGCUUUUCCUUGAUGUGCACCCGAUGACAGGCAUCCCCAUGAAUUGCUCCAUCAAGCUCCAACUGAACCUGUACAUAAAGCAGGUGUCUGGUAUAAUUCAAACAGGGAAGAUUAAGCCAGUGGUCCUGCCGCUGCUGUGGUUUGCAGAGAGUGGAUCCAUCGAAGGCUCAGUCCUAAAGCAGUUUUACACCAACCUGGUGCUGAUCCCAUCCCUGCUGGAUUACCUGCAGUAUAUCUUCCUUGGACUGAGUGUCCCACUCAUUAUCUCAGCAGCUGUACUCAUGGCAACAAGUCAGAGAACCACUGCUGAGAAGAGCCUGUGCUACCCCACCACGCAGAGCAAACUGCCCCCCUCCUCCGAGACAACGCCGCUCCUACACGACGCUGCCACGCUGAGCCAGGACGAUGCUGAAGCCUGAGCCGCUGGCCCCGGCACGCGUCUGUGCUGGGGGUGAGACCUGCUUUGGAUCUCCAGAGGUCUCUGGAAGGUGAAGUUGUUCUGGGCAGCUCAGCAGAGACCCUGCGCACCACGGCAAAGCCACGGAACAGUAAUGCUGCACCAGCAUUCCCGUGCUGGGGCAUGGGAGACCUCAUCCGGACACCCAAAAUACAGUGUUGUUCCCAAGGAGCUGGCCUUUGCCACAGCCCCUCUCCCUGUGGGCCAGUAGGAAUGAAGAUGGUCACUGGUUGAUCCAAGAAGUUAUUUUGCAAUUUAAAACUGCCUAUUGCUAGGAAUAUAAGGCACUUUAAUAGGAGCCUUUAAAAUAAAUGAGGUUUGUAUAUGUAGCACUGAUGGGAUUUAGUGAUCUUUUUAAAAGCCACCGUUCAUCUCAUGCUAUCCUGAAGCCACUUAUGGUUUUAUUGCCACUUGAUGUGACUGGACUACACCGCAAAUCAAUUCUGGUUGCUGUCUUCAGUGAUGUCUCUUCCCAGGGUACCUGAAGCCUGCCCGGGGUUGCUCCAGCCUUUGCAUGUGUUGGAGAGUACAGUGGUGUCUUUUAAAACCCCAAUUUCUGUGCCAUGACCUUGUGCUCCAGUGAUCCCAGCCCACAACCCUUUUACUUAGCUUCUUCUUGCUUUAGGUGACUGCAUGAGAUGAGCCUUGCCAAAAAACUCGGUGGUACAUCUGACUUGUCACUCGGCUCGACAGUUGUCCCUGCUGCCUGCUCAGCCGUCCAGGGUCAGCUCUUCCGGCCACACACCAUGGAUGCUGGGAGGCCAUCGCGUCGCUCUGCCCGUCCUGCCUGCACGAGGGGAGGGGGAAGGCAGGAGCUGGACCCUGUCCUUGGGUAUUUAACGAAGAUACUUGUGCUUUUAAGAUGGAGGAAGCUAUGUGCAAUCAUGAAAGUUAUUGAUGGCCUUAGUAGGUUUUGAUUAAAAUAUUGCGGAUUUCUGAAA